AUGCAGUUCCUCAGCAUUACCUCUCUCCUCGCCCUCGCAACUCUCGCUUCAGCAAAGCUCCACAGCCAAGCUGUCUGCGUCACCAACCGUCGCUACGACCCCAUCGGAGGAACAUCAUGGAGCCCCAGCUACAACUGGAAAGUCAACUAUGAGAUUCUCCCCGACGCCACCAACUGCGCCUGCGCCUACUACAAGAACCGCAACACUGGUAACAACCAGUGGGACAAGUGCCCUGAUUGUAAAUUUGUGGGUAACCCCAGUUGCAAAUGUCUUGAUGGAAUGAGGUGCUAA